GCGACGGAGUCAACAGAAGUUCGAGAGCGAUCAAAUGGAGAGGGUUGCCAGGUACGCUGUGGAGCGCGGACUCGAUGUGCCUGGCACGGGUGGCGUGAGGGGAGGAGAGGCGGGGCGGCAGCCCGUGGAGGGAGCGUCAGGAGGGGUCGGGGGAGAUGGUGGAGGUGGAGACACGGAGGAGGGCGCGAUCAUCGUCGAUCGCGAGGCGCGUGUCCCGGGCAAGCAGGGAGUCCCGGGACACGAGGACGUGCCUGAGGUUUAUCCAGGCACUGGGGAGAGGAUGGAGGACUUUUUGAGAUGGGAGCCUUGGUGGCACACGAUGGCCACCAUACUCCACAUCAUGCAGCUCGUCAUGGAGCUGCUUAGGCGGAUGGAUCGUGGGGGGCAGUACAUGUCCCUCAUGAUCGAGUGGACACAGGAUCUUGUCCGGCGUGUCACUGAUGCAUGCGCUCCUUUGGGGAGGGUUUUCGCUGACCGCAUCAUCAGGCGUGUGCAGGCUCGCACACAGCAUAUGCUGCAGCUUGCUCACUGCGCGGGGUUCUUACAAAACCCCCGCAGGCGACAUGUUGAGUACUUUUCGGGCGAGGUGAGGGAUUACCCUCGUUGGCUUGUGAGGCAAGCCAAGAGGUACAUUUUGACGCAUACGGGUUUCGAGGAGGAUGGUAUGGAUUACAUCAUUGCAUGUCGGCAGUUUGAGGACUUCCACAUGCAGCAGGGCACAUUUGGGGAUUGGGGAGGGGGGGAGGGGCGUGCUCGUGGGCGUGCUUGCAGCGGCGACAGGGAGACGAUAGAGUGUGCGUCCUGGUGGUCUCAGUACGGGUCUGGCGCACCUGAGUUGCAGCGCUGCGCUCUUCGUGUGAUGCACAUGUGGUCUUGCGCCUCUCCAGCGGAGAGGAACUGGGCAGUCCACGAGGGCAUUCACACGAAGAAGCGCAACCAGUUGGCCUUUGAGAAGGUCGUUCAACUCGUUAAAAUCACCGCGAAUGUGCGGUUGUCGGAGUAUCGGCGGGCUGGGUGCGGUUAUGUGCUGCCAUGGCAGCGGGACGAGGGCAUGCUAGACUGCCAGGCCGGACUGGAGUUGGAGCCAGUGCGCACGGGCACGCGCAGGGGGAUGACGCCGGAGGAGAUUGCCCGUCAGGUUGCGCUUAUAAGCCGGGAUCCCAUCGGGGUCUUCGCACCACCCGCCGCUGAGGCCGUAUUCGUGCAUGGUAUGUCGCCGCCCGUUAUCACGGAUUUGGGGUCCGAGACGGUGGUUGCGCCACCACGUCUUCCUAGUCACUUUGCUCCGCAGGAGGUCCAUCGUCCUUUGGAUGCAGACGAGUUGGCGAGAGAGGCUGUCCGCGAUGUGACUCGCUUGGACCGGCGGAUCUUUGACCAGAGGCUACAGCAUCCAGCAUGGCAGGCGAUCCCUCCACUUCCAUGGGGCCCUGCAUCGCCGGUGUGGUCUGGGUCUACCUCUACCAGAGCACGUACGGCGGGAGAUGUUCCAGGGGUUUCAGGUGGCAUCGUGGAGACGGCGCCACGUACACGAGACAUGCCACCCCCUCCUCCUAGACCACCUGUAGGUGAUCCGUCAUCGUCGCCCACAGGCAGAGGCUCUCGAUCUCUACACACGCCUGGGAGGUCUAGGAUUCGGGACACUACAGCCGAUGUGGGGGACAUGAGUGACACAGCAUUGUUCAGGAGGACAGACAUAGAUUUGGAUUCCACCCGCCGUGUCACGGAGCACACUGCACGUCUACAGCCGGGUUUAGAACCCCGCGACGAUAGGAUGACCGCAGUGAGGGAGGUGGCAGCAUCAGGUUGUGAGCCUCAACAAGGUCGCGGCAGAGGAGUGUCCGCCGAUAGCUUGGAGCACGCUUUAAGAGCAGCGACGCGUGCCACGGUUGCAGAGGCUAGUGCGAGGGUUGUUGUGUUGAGGAAGGCAGGAGCCCCUGUCACCAUCGAGGAGGAUGAUCCUGAGACAUAUGUGGCAGUGCGGGAGGAGGACGAGGACUAUGAGGGCGAGGAGGAGGGAGAGGAGGAGAGCGAGAGAGGUUCCGAUGAGUGCUCCGCAUUUUUCUGGAAAUCUCGGUUGGAACCUUUCGUGAUGCAGUCGCUCGUUGUAAACGCGAUGAUCCCAAUCACAGAAGACAACAUAAACAUCAUGUCUUGGUGGAAGCUCAACGAAGACAAGCUUGACAAGGUUUAUGAGUUUAUGGCUUCAGAGCUUGAAGCAAGACAGGAGGUCAUUCAGGAGAAGGAGAAACAAGUGAAGGAAGAAGAAGAACGACGAAAGGCUAGAGAAGCCGAGGAGAAGGCGUCAAGGAAACUCAAAGAGAGACAGGAGUUCGAUGAUCGGAUCAGCACGAUGGUCGGGAUGAAGAUAAAUAACGCGUGCGACCUGUUCCUUGGCAGAUCGGAAGGCGCGAGGAUUGGAGGGAUAGGCGAGGGUGCGCGGACUUUCUCCAAUAGAGCAGUCCGCCCCAGCUUGGAUGUGGACAAGGAGAGGCUGGAGAAACAAAUCGAGCUGUUAAGGCGGGAGUACGAACUCAUCAAGAAGCAGAUGGAGGAACUUACUCGUUCCUCUAGGAAUGCCAUCAAAGAAAGGUUUGAGAAGGCUGUCGCAAGGCUGGUUAGGCAGGGGCGUACUCCAAGAUCCAAUCUCUCAAAGCGCCUGAACAAGGCCACAGACGACGAUGACUUGGAGAACUUAGGCCAGCCAGAGGAGGGUUUAGAUGACUUAACCGUUCGACCAUCUCCACCUAAGAGGACGUCUGGAAGAUUGGCAGUUAAGGCGGCACUGGCGGAACGAGCGGAGUUCGUCAAGGAAAUGAGGAAGUACCUGAAGAGAUUGAAGAAGAACGGGCUGCAAAUGUUAUGCAACAAGGAGGGUAUAACGUUUGUGACAUGUGAACAGGCUAUCAACGAAAUCUCAGAACUGCGGGUGUCGCUGGUUUUCGAUUUCCGGCAACCACCUAAGACUGGCGCCGCAGCUCGCGCUCACCAUGAAUCAGAUGUGGAAGAAGCACGUGAAGCAGACAACGAGACGUCGGACGUCGACGCCACGCAGCAUGUUGAUGUAGCCGAUGAUGAGGAGCAACUGGGGGACGAAUAGGGGCUCGGCCCAAGCGAUGAAAAACUGUGGAAGCUGGCAAGGGAAUGUU